AUGGCGAGCGCGUUCCCCAUCCGUCCCGGCAACCGCAGGGAAGACGGGCGCCCGCCGGAUCGCCCCAUGAUCCGCGCGGAAGGGACCGGCGAGCUCGUCCGCCUGCCGUCCAUCGACAUCAGUCGCAUCUCGUUCGCCGCCAUGGGGGGCAGCGCCGAGGACCUUCGGGGCGCGUUCCCCGAGAACGACGUCGCGUACGACGUGGACAGCAGCGACGAGGACUUGGACGGAAUGGAGGCGGCCGUGGGAAGGUUCGAGCGGCGCGCGGCGGAGAGGGAGUCGCUGCGAGCCGCAGCGGAGGCCAACGAGGACGCCGCGCGGCGACUGGCGACGGAAGCUCGGGAGACGGCGAGGGCGGUGGAGAGCCUGCGUCAGCAGCGUCGGCGGUUCGAGGAGGCCCGCGUCGUGGCGGAGCGAAGAGAGAAGGGGGUAGCGGUGAGCGGUGUCGCGGGCGAAGGACGCGUCGCGGGUUCGAUGCCCGGCGACGCCGACCACCGACCGUCGUCGUCCUCCUUCGCCGACGACGAGGAGCGCGAGCUCCGCGACCUUCGCGAGAGGCGAAGGAGGGUGGACGAGCGCAUCGCGCGGCUGCUGGAGGAGGCGGCCGGGUACGACAGGGAACGAGAGAUGGUCGCGGGUUCGAAUCCCACCCGGGACGACGAGCUCGCCCUCGCCGUGGGCGACCGCGAGCGACACCGGCGAAUGGAGGAGGAGGAGGCGGCGGCGCGCAAAAAUGACGACGACGACGAUUACGAUUACGCCCCUCGAUGGAAGCGGCGGCAAGAGGAGCGAUGGGCGAGGGAGGCGGAGGAGGCCGCCGCCGCGCUCGAACGCGCGGAGGCGGCCGCCGCGGGCUCUUCGGCGCCCAAAAGCCGUGAGGGAGGUAUGGGGCCAAAAGCGACGGGGAUCGCGCCGCCGAGCCCGCUCGUUUCCGCGGACGCAGCCGGCGACGUCUGGCGCCUCCGAUCGGUAGCGCCAGCUGUGUCCGUGGCGCCAGCUGUGGGCGGCGUUUGCGACGACCUCGCGGAGGCGGCGAGGGCGAUCGUCGAGAACCGCGCCGAGGACUUCGCUCGGACGCUGGCUCACCUCACGUCCCUCGUGGACGCGCGGGACGAGGUCGGAGACACGCUGCUCCACCUGGCGGCUUCGUUGGACCGGAAGCGAUGCGUCAAGACGCUCGUGCGCGCGGGCGCGAACGUCGGCGCGAGGAACGACGCGGGCGUCUCCGUCGUGGAGCGGGCGAUCGAGCACGAGAGGUUCGAGCUGGCGGACUACCUCGUGAAGUGGUGCGAGCGGCACGGCGUCGAGCUCGGGUGA